UUAUUCUCAUUUUAAACAUGACAGAGUGUCCAAACACACAGAAAAACUGCUGGUGAAGCGACUGAGAUCCAUGUGACACACUAUUAUCAAGAUGGAGUUUAUUAGAGAGGACAGUGAAGACCUGAGGAUUGAAGAAGUGUUCAGUUUGAAACAUGAAGAUACUGAGGAACAGACAAAGAUGGCGUUUAUUAAAGAGGAGAGUGAAGACAUGAAGAUUGAAGAAACAUUCAGAGUGAAACAUGAAGAAACUGAGGAACAAACAGACCUGAUGGGACUGAAAGAGGAUGAAGAACUGAAAGAAAUAGAAGAAAAAGGUCAAUAUAAGAGACAUGAUUUCAUGGAUGUAGAAAAAUCCACACAAACUGAAACAAAAAAUCAGAAAACCGAAUCUAACAGUGACUUGGCCUGCUCACAUUGUGGAAGGAGUUUCACCCAAAAACAUAAACUUGAAAUCCACAUGAGAACUCACACUGGAGAGAACCGUUUCACAUGCCAACAGUGUGAGAUGAUUUUCACUGCAAAAGCAAGCCUUAAUUACCACAUGAUGAUUCACACUGGAGAGAAGCCGUUCACAUGUCAACAGUGUGGAAAAAGUUGCAUUUCAAAAGGAAAUCUUCAAUCCCACAUGAGAGUUCACAGUGACGAGAAGCCGUUCUCAUGUGAUCAGUGUGGAAAGAGUUUCCGAAGUAAAGUAACCCUUAAUUACCACACGAUGAUUCACACUGGAGAGAAGCCAUUCCCAUGUGAUCAGUGUGGAAAGAGUUUCCGAAGUAAUGUAACCCUUAAUUCCCACACAAAGAGAAAACACUCAGACCUGAUGGCUCUGAAAGGGGAGAAUCAAGAACUAACAGACUGUGUAUUAACUGAUGUAGAGAAAUCCGUUCAGACUGAAAUGUCUUCACUAAAUAAAGCACAGGAGACCAAAUCUAAAAGUAACUUCACCUGCUCUCAUUGUGGAAAGAGUUUCAAUGAAAAACAUAACCUUAAAUGCCACAUGAAAGUUCACACCAGACAUUUCACAUGCCAACAGUGUGGAGAGAGAUUUGUUCACAAAGGAAGCCUUAAUUCCCACAUGACAGUUCACACUGGAGAGAAGCUGUUCACAUGUGAACGGUGUGGAAAGAGUUUCAAAAAUAGAAAAUCCCUUAAUUCCCACAUGCAGAGAGAACACCCAGGAGAGAACGGAGUAAACACUCUGAACCCUUUCACCUGCAAACACUGUGAGAAGAUCUUCACAUGUAAAGCACAACUUGAUUCCCACAUGAGACGUCACACUGGAGAGAAGCCUUUCUCAUGUGAUCAGUGUGGAAAGGGCUUCAUUCACAGAGGAAACCUUAAUACCCACAUGAGAGUUCACACUGGAGAGAAGCCUUUCACAUGUGAUCAGUGUGGGACUAGCUUCUCGCUCAAAGCAACUCUUAAGACUCACAUGACAAUUCACACUGGGGAGAAGCCAUUCAAAUGUGAUCAGUGUGGAAAGAGUUUCAGACUUAAGCCAAUUCUUGAUUCGCACAUGAAAAGUCACGGUAUUAAGAGUACUUACACCUGCAAACAGUGUGGGAAGAGCUUCUCAUAUAAGAAAUCAUUUGAUGCCCACAUAAGAGUUCACACUGGUGAGAGCCCUUACGUCUGCAAACAGUGUGGGAAGAUUUGCUCAAGCAAAGGAAAUCUUACGGCUCACAUGAGAAGUCACACAAGAGAGAAGCCAUUCAUGUGUCUUGAGUGUGGAAAAUGUUUUACAUGUAAACCAACCCUUGCUUUCCACAUGAAGCUUCACUCUAGAAGAGAACUCUUUUAAUUGUCAUCAGUGUGGAAUGACUUUCCCAGACAAGAGACGUCUUAGCUGGCAUUUAAAAAGGCACUUAAAAAGUUAACACGCGAAAGAAGUCUUUCAAGUGCCAUGACUGUGGAAAGAGUUUCAGAUAUAAAGGAAACCUCAAGACUCACAUGAGAGUUCACACUGGAGAGAAACCUUUCACCUGCACUCAAUGUGGGAAGAGUUUCAGUCAGAAAGUAACACUUGACGGUCACAUGAGAGUUCACACUGGAGAGAAACCUUUCACAUGUCUUAAGUGUAAGAAGAGGUUCGCAUAUAAGUGUGACCUGAAACGUCAUUUGCAAAAAGGUUGUGGAAAGACGCUGUCGUGCUCUGAGAGUGGAAAGACGAUUAGAAAAAGGAGCAAUAUCAAAAAUGUUCGACACAUUCAAUCUGAAGAAAGGCCAUUUAGUUGUGAUCAGUGUAAUAAAAAAUUUAUUUUGCCAUCACACUUACAGAUACACAAGAAAAGUCAGGCAGAUGUGAGAAAACAUUUGUGUUCAUUUUGUGGAAAGAGAUUUAAAUGGCUCGGCGGUUUAAAAUGGCACCAGAAAAUUCGUAUCUGUGUGAAAGUAAGGCUGCGGUCAGGCCGCAGCUGAAUGUGGCCCAAAUGUGAUUGUCCACCUUAGUGACAAUUUGUAUUCUUCACUUUUAUAAUUUUGACGUUUUAUAAUUUUGACAUUUUUCUCUUAUACAUAUGAAGGGUUAGGGUUAGCGUUAGUUCAUUGUUUUUUUUUUUUGUUUUUGUUUUUUUUACAUUUGUGAAUAUGAAAUUCAUCAUUGAAACAUUUUUUUGCAGAUUAUUACAUUCACAAAAAGAUAUAUUACACCCUUCUGUCUUUCUGUGAUAAAUGUUGCUAUGUGAAUGAAAGAUUAUAAAUAAAAGGACAUGAGUGAAAUAA